UUGGGGGCCUGGGCCCACAGUGGCUUUACCUGUCAGUCACAGAGCAGCGAACCAUGUCAUGCAUUUGCCAGCUUUUGUCCUCCUCAUUUGUUUGUCUGGCGUAGAUAACCACACGGAGGUGGCGCUCGUCUCGGCUCUAUUGUGUGGAAGCUGUUGUCAGGCCAUCACGUCCGUCCAUCCCCUCCCAGCCCCAUCUCCCCUCGCUCCCUUUCUCCCUGCUCCACGACUGGUCAUUUCACCACUGUCCUCUGGCUGCGGGGGGGUAACCUGGGCAAUUUAGUUAAUCCAUUAACAACUAAUUGUCUCCUCCUCCUGCCCUGGUGCUUGGAUAAACAGCCUGGUGGGGGGGCUGUGGGUGACCAAUAAAAGUCGAGCUGGAGCAGGAGGCAGCACAACCGCUGCAUGGAUCCCCUCAUUUCACUCCCUACACAUUGACUCGAGGUUUUAAGUUUUGGAUUUCCUUUCACUGUUGAGUCACAGACAAGUGACUUGUUUUUCCUUUUUUCUUUAAAAUCACUCUGUCUUGACUUUUUGGGUUUCACUUCGUCUUGCUUCGCACAUUUUUUGUGGUUGUUGGACAUGUCGGGGAAUCUGUGGAUGCUCGCUAUGUGUCUGUGCGUCUCCUGGGCCGAGGCUCGGAUUUGGGCCUGGAUGCUCAACAUGCCUCACACCCCCCCCAAAGAAGGAGCACUUAGAGAAGGCGCUCAUGUCUCCAAACCAACCAUGGCUAUGUGCGACCAUGACAGGACUUGUGGGCGGGGUUUUUCCUGUGAUCGCCACUUUGGUCUGUGUGUCCCUCUACGAGGAGAGGGCCACUACUGUCGGAGGGACGCUCAGUGUGUCCGUGGCCUCAGCUGCAUGUUCGGGAAGUGUCACCGCAGCGUUCCCAACGGACAAGAAGGAGCCAGAUGUAAAGUCGACAGGGAUUGUGGGGCGUCCAUGUGUUGCGCCCGACACCACGGUGAGCAGGUGUGUAAGAGGCGUCUGAUCCGUGGGGAGAGCUGCUUCGUGCCGGACGGAGGCCUGGCGUUCAGCAUCAACCAGAUCUGUCCCUGUGAUGAGGGGCUGCUGUGUCGUGACAACAGUGCACCACACAGGAGAGAGAGAGAUUUUAUUUACCAGCCAGAAAGAACAAGUUGGACCUGUCAAGUGCCCAAACUCUGACACCAGCCUCAUCACUCAAGUUAUUUAUUAUGAACAUAUGUUGUAUAUUAUUGUACAUAAAGAAAUGUAUAUGUUUUCAAAUAUGUUUUUGAGAGCAAGACUGUUUUUUUUCUGUAUUAUUUCAUAUUGCAAAUUCUGACAAAAGCACUACUGUAGCAGGGCUCAACAAAUCCAUAGUGACCUCCUGAUGCAUCUAGUGAUCUUUGUGUUUAUCUGUUAAUGUCUA